AUUAUCAGAUCCCCUUUUGUUCCAUUGUUCACACACCAUGGAUCCCUACGACAGUGACUCGAGCGUGGACGAAGAUUUCACCGAGACCAGCGUGCUUCUCGGAUAUGCCGAUGAGGAGGUCAUAGAAGACACCAUCAGCCACCUUGGUGGUUGGCCAUCAUGGAUCGAUGAGAAUACCCCACCACCAGGCGAAUUCGCCAACUGCAAAGUCUGCAAUAGUCCGAUGCUACUCCUUCUCGAAUUGCACGGCGAUCUACCCGACCAUUUUCCCAAUAACGAGCGCCGCCUGUACAUAUUUGGAUGCCCCAGGAAACCAUGCAAUCGCAAGCCAGGCAGUAUCCGGGCAUACCGCGCAACUCGCAAGGUCAGUCUUCCCGGCCUACCACUGCCACAGCCGCAGAAGAAGGAGGAGAAGCCCAAGCCCAAGCCCGAGUCCAAACCUGUUGAGCCCGUCGCGCCGCUAAAGCCCAAGGUGGACCUGGGAGCGAGUUUAUUCGGCGCGACCGCGCUGACAAGCAGCGUGUCGGCAAACUCCAAUCCCUUCUCCAAUCCCUUCUCGGCCACUCCUGGCUCCAGCGCGGCGGGGGCCAAUCCAUUCGCGAUGCCCAAGCCCGCAACGCCCACAGUCCCUGCCAAGGCCAAGGCCCCGGCAGCCAAACCUCCCACUACGACCAUAUCUACAAGUGCGCUUGCUGAAACAUUCGCCGAUAAGGUCCGGAUUUCCUCCCCCGCGCCAGCCAGUGCCUCCGGCACUGCGACAAAGCAAACACCCGAAUCAACUGGUGUCCAGACACCAUGGCCCGCGCAAUCCGCUUUCCCGGCCCCAUAUAAGAAGUACUUCCUCGACGCCGAAUACGAGACCAUGUCGCGGCCUUCUACGCCCACGAUCCCAGAAAACGUCACCGUGGAGCCCGUGGAAGAAGACAGCGCCGGUGGUGAGGGUAACGUCGAGUUGAAAGAUACGUUUGAGUCCGAGAUGGAUAAGGCGUUUAUGAAGUUCUCUAUGCGUCUGGCGCAUAAUCCCGAGCAAGUUCUGCGGUAUGAGUACCGUGGUGCGCCGCUGCUUUCGUCUUACACCGACCUCGUUGGGAAGCGUCUUCACCCCGAGCAUAGUGCUGGUCGUGUGACGACUGUUGGAGGUGGGAGUAUGCCGCCUUGUGAGUACUGUGGUGCUCCCCGGGUGUUUGAGGUGCAGCUUGUGCCUCAUGCUAUUAGUAUGCUUGAAGAUGGACGGGAGGGUGUUGGUCUUGGGGAGGGUGAUGCGGGGAUGGAGUGGGGGACUAUCAUCUUCGGUGUCUGUGGGCAGGAUUGUGCACCGGAGAAGAUUGGGCAGCUUGGUUGGCGGGAGGAGUGGGCUGGUGUGCAGUGGGAGGAGACGAAAUAG